CGAUCGGAGUUUUGUUUCUUUUUUUCCAAAGUCCUAUAAUAGACACUUCAGGCUUGGGAAGAUUUGGGUGUGUCAGGGCCUUUUCCUUGCAUGGGGAGACGGUGACACGUCGCCGAAGCUUUCAAAAGCUUCAAGUCGAGCGGGGCAGAUCUCCGUACUUUUAAGACAUGUGUCAAUUGAAUGGGGGAAUGAGAUCUAAUCGGGAGCAAUGGUGCCGAUUGUGUUGGCCCCAAAAAGGAGACAGGGAUCACAUACCAAAGCUGCCCUUUUCUGGUGUUUGGUAGCUGAAGAAACACUAUUUUUUUCGGAGAAGGAUCCAUAUUUCAUGAUUCGUCAUGAUUCAUCCGUUUCUUUCCAUAUCAAACCGUUGGCAGUUUCAGGCUCAGUUGCUCAGACAAAUAAGAAACGCACUUUUAAAGGAAAAACGCACCUGGGGCCCUCACUGCGGUGCUGCGGGGUAUGCUGGAUCACUUGGCCGCCCUUUGGAAAGAGGCUCCUGCUGUGACGCGUUUAGUCGUCACUGUCCCGUUGGUCUUGCAUUUUGCUGGGCUGCGCUGGUACAGAGAGCUGGACCACUUGAAGCUCUCACUGGACGCCUUCAAGAACAAAGGUUACUAUUGGAGCGUGGUGACAUCACCUUGGUGGGAACCGCCCGGUCAAGGGCCAGGUUGGCUGCUGCAAACUCUCGUCACUUUAUUGAUUGCUUAUUGGUUUCUUUCCAAGCUUCCAGCAAUUGAACGAUUGAUGAGUUCGGGAAAACUGCUGCUUUGGAGCAUUUGCUCGGCCUUGGUCAUCAACAUGUUUUUCCUGCUUUUGGUCUUUCUUUUGGACCAGCUCUACAACAGUCAGGGCUGGAUGUCCAUUUGGCCAAUGGUCCCCAGCAGAGGCAUGAUCCCCGUCACGGUCUAUGCGCUCACGGUCCAUUACCUGGCAGCAGGCGAUUCAGAGACGACACUUUUUUUUGGGAUACCUCUCAAGAGGAAGUACUACCCCUUGACCCUGGUUGGUGUCUUUUGCCUCCUCAACGGUUUUGCCGUCGAAUUGUCCAAUAUCGCCGCCUUGCUCUUGGGCUACUUGAACAAGAGGGUGCCCAUUGAGUCCCUCCUCCCAUCGGAUGGCCGGUUACAACGAUGGGAACGCUCUUCCAUCCCCUUCUUCGGCCGUUCUCUACUGGGCGGCCGCUGGCUACGCAUUGAGGAGGCCACCACGCUGCCGCUCCGACCGGAGUCCCACCGCCACGGCCACAGCGGCGGCCACAGCGGCGGCCACAGCGGCGGCCCCGCGCCGCAGGAUUUUCGACCCUUCUCGGGCUCAGGGCAUCGCCUGGGGCGGUAAUUUCCUCACCAAUUCGGUCGGCAGAAAGAGGCGGAACAUCGUAAUUCUUCUGCGUUGGACCCCGAAAGACCGCGCUCGUGGAAAA